AUGGCCAAACGAUUGAGCUCAUGCUGGCUUCGCCGGCUACAAUGCCAGACUAGACGACCCUUCUCGUCGACGAUACGGCCACAAACAGACGGCGUCUUUCGAGCUCUGACCGAGAACAGAAUCCAGACACCUUGGAUUGAUGCUCUGCGAGAGAAGGAGCGUGGAGGCCAUGAUCCAACAAAGCCCUCGGGCAAGUCAGAAACGCCCAAUGAUCGCGACCUCUCGCCGAAACGCAUGAGCGACAGCUACCACAGCGUUGUUCUGCCCCUCGCUCGCGAACCAUGGCUACUCGAUACCUACGCCAAUUCCAGCGGUCACAUCCGUCUGGGUACGCUUUUCAUGGAUCUUGAUGCAUUGAGCGGAGUUAUUGCGUACAAGCACACUGGCGACGGAGUCACGACAGUCACGGCCGCCUGCGAUCGCAUCGACAUCAAGCAUCCCUUGACAGAGAUCUCAGACCUCGAGUACAGUGGUCGCGUCACAUAUGCCACAGGUCGUAGCAGUAUGGAAAUCUCGUUGCAGGUCGCAAAAGCACCGAAAGAAGGAGAGAGCGUCAAGCCAGAGGACGUCUUGUUGACCUGUCAGUUCACCAUGGUCUCGCUUGAUCCCGGCACCAAGAAGCCCGUCAACAUUCCCGCAAUCACUCCUGAAACGGAAGAAGAGAAGGAAGUCUUUGCACAGGGCGAGAAGAACAGCGCUCACCGCAAGGACCUCAAGAAUCGCUCCUUGAUCAAGCAGACACCCAACGAUGAAGAGUCCGACCUCAUUCACGCCAUGUGGCAGAAGCAAUUACAAUACCAUGACCCUAUGGACCCCGUACGCAAGCCCGACAACGUCUUCGAGAUGGAGCAGACUCGCCUGUCCACAGCAGCCAUCAUGCAACCACAAUACCGAAACAGACACCACUUUAUGAUCUUCGGUGGCUUCCUUCUCAAACAAACCUUCGAGCUUGCUUUCUGCGCCGCCGCCAGUUUCGCCCAUUGCCGUCCCACCUUCGUCUCGCUCGAUCCCUCGACCUUCCAAAACCCCGUCCCUGUAGGCAGUGUCCUCUAUCAGACAGCUACCGUCGUCUACACCGAUCCGCCAAUCGUUACAGGACAAACCGAUGAACCUUCGAAUGGAGAACAAUCACAAAAGUACACAAGAAUUCAAGUCCGAGUCGACACCAAGGUCCGCGACGUCGAGCACGGUACUGCCAAACCAACUGGCCAAUUCAACUAUACCUUCACCGUCGAACGCGACAUCAAGGUCAUGCCCAAAUCAUAUUCCGAGUUCAUGAUGUACAUCGAUGCACGAAGAAGAGCAAUGAGGAUAAGAGAGAGCGUCGAGCACGGGUCCAGCGAUUCGGGCGCGAAAGACAGAGUAACAGAAUAG